ACUCGGAGCCUGUGCCCCACCUGUCCCCCAAACAAAAAUAUCUUCUUGCACUUUUUCCUGCGCUUUUCCCUCCAACCAACAAGCGACCUUGCACUUUUACCUCCCCCCUCCUCAUCCUCGUUUCUCCUUGCCAAGAACAGGGACAAGAAGGCUCCGGAUCCACCAAUCCAUCCAUGGCCAAGCUGGUGGACAAGUUUGUGGACUCGUGCGGCAACGACGACACCCCGGACGCCGGCUGCGUGCGCGCCGUGCUGGCCGAGCUGGUCCUCACCUUCCUCUUUGUCUUCACCGGCGUCGCUGCCUCCAUGGCCGCCGCAGGGUCCGGUGAGAAGCCUGGUGUGGCUAUGCCGAUUGCGACCCUGGCGGCGGUGGCGAUCGCACACGCGCUGGCGGCGGGGGUGCUUGUGACGGCGGGUUUCCACGUGUCCGGCGGGCACCUGAACCCGGCGGUCACGGUGGCGCUGCUGGCGCGCGGCCACAUCACGGCGCUUCGGUCAGGGCUGUACGUGGCGACGCAGCUGCUGGCGUCCUCCCUCGCCUGCAUCCUCCUCCGUUACCUCACCGGCGGCAUGGUCACCCCGGUGCACGCCCUGGGCACAGGCAUCAGCCCGAUGCAGGGCCUGGUCAUGGAGGUCAUCCUCACCUUCUCCCUCCUCUUCGUCACCUACGCGAUGAUCCUCGACCCGCGGAGCUCGGUCCGCACGAUCGGCCCGCUGCUCACCGGCCUCAUCGUCGGCGCCAACACCCUCGCCGGCGGCAACUUCUCCGGCGCGUCCAUGAACCCCGCCAGGUCCUUCGGCCCGGCGCUGGCCACCGGGGUGUGGACCAACCACUGGGUCUACUGGCUCGGCCCGCUGCUCGGUGGGCCCCUCGCGGGGCUCGUCUACGAGUCGCUGUUCUUGGUCAACAAGACCUAUGAUCCUCUGCUGUAAAAUAGUUCUGGUGCGUAUGCAUAUACAUAGUAUAGAUAUGUAUUGGGCAAGGUAAUUAAGAUUGCUGUAAAAUAGUUCUGGUGCGUGAUUGUUCGAUGUAGUAGAAAUUGUUGCUAGGUCUGUAGAGGCCAUUUUUUUCGUUCUUCUGUCGAGGAGUUGGGAUUAAGGGGCUCCUAGUCAGCCAUGUAAAGACAAAUUGUAUGUUGGACGUCAAGUUUUUUGCUAGUUAAAUUGUACUUACGGCACAA